CUUUAUAUGUUACAAAUAAAUCUUUGUGUUUUUUCUUUUUCUUGGGGCCUGACAUAAAGAUUUUUUGGUGAAUGGAUGUCUGGCGUGGAAAGCAGGGAGAGUGGGUUCUGAUCUCAGAAUUACCUUAGGCAAGAGAAGAAGAAGAAGAAGAAGAAGAAGAAACUCACUUAGGCUACUUCUGGCAACUGGGUGUCUCAAAUUCUUGUUGUGAGUUUCUUUCAGUUCAAUGACAACAAGAAGAGGAAUUGCUAUACACUUUCUGUUUUUCUUCUGGUUUUGGGCUUCUCCUGCAAAUGGGUUGCUUUCUCCUAAAGGUGUAAACUAUGAAGUUCAAGCCUUAAUGGCUAUAAAGGCUUCCCUUCAUGAUCCUCACGGGAUUCUGGAUAAUUGGGAUGGGAAUGCUGUUGAUCCAUGUAGCUGGACUAUGGUUACCUGUAAUCCUGAUGGCCUGGUUAUUGGCCUUGGUGCUCCAAGCCAGAAUUUAUCUGGAACUCUGUCUCCAAGCAUAGGAAACUUAACAAAUCUUCAGAUUGUGCUCUUACAAAACAAUAACAUAACAGGACCAAUUCCUUCAGAGUUGGGAAGGCUCUUGAUGCUUCGCACGCUUGAUCUUUCCAGUAAUUCCUUGUCUGGAGACGUUCCUUCCUCCCUAGGCAACCUAAGAAGUCUCCAGUAUAUGAGGCUCAACAAUAACACUCUAUCUGGAGCGUUUCCCUUGACCUUGGCUAACAUGACACAGCUUACCUUUCUUGAUUUGUCCUACAAUAAUCUGAGUGGUCCUGUGCCCAGAAUUGCUGCUAAAACAUUCAGCAUUGUUGGGAAUCGUCUAAUCUGUGCAACAGGAUCUGAACCAGAAUGUCAUGGAUCUAUACUGAUGCCAAUGUCCAUGAAUUUGAACAACUCACAGACUGCUUUGCCUUCAGGAAGACCUAAAAGCCACAAGCUUGCCAUAGCCUUUGGCUUGAGCAUAGGGAGUGUCUCCCUUCUCAUUCUUGUAUUUGGAUUACUAAUUUGGUGGAGGCAAAGGUGGAAUGAACAGAUGUUCUUUGAUGUUAAAGACCGGCAUCAUGAAGAAGUUUCUCUUGGAAACUUGAAAAGGUUCCAGUUUAGGGAACUUCAGAUUGCAACAAAUAAUUUCAGCAGCAAGAAUAUACUAGGGAAGGGAGGGUUUGGAAAUGUCUACAAAGGGUUUCUGCAAGAUGGAACAAUAGUAGCAGUUAAGAGGCUUAAAGAUGGUAGUGCUGCUGGAGGAGAGAUUCAGUUCCAGACUGAAGUGGAGUUAAUCAGCCUUGCAGUGCACCGGAAUCUCCUGAGGCUUUAUGGAUUUUGUAUUACACCUACAGAGAAGCUUCUUGUUUAUCCAUACAUGUCUAAUGGCAGUGUUGCCUCACGUCUCAAAGGAAAACCAGUAUUGGAUUGGGGCACAAGGAAGAGAAUUGCCUUAGGAACUGCAAGGGGACUAUUGUACCUCCAUGAGCAAUGUGAUCCAAAGAUAAUUCAUAGGGAUGUAAAGGCAGCAAAUAUAUUGCUAGACGAAUCCUGGGAGGCUGUGGUAGGAGAUUUUGGAUUGGCAAAGCUUUUGGAUCACCAAGACUCACAUGUCACAACAGCUGUGAGAGGCACUGUGGGGCAUAUAGCACCUGAGUAUCUCUCCACAGGCCAAUCUUCUGAGAAGACAGAUGUGUUUGGAUUUGGAAUUCUCCUACUUGAAUUAAUCACAGGCCAGAGAGCGCUAGAAUUUGGCAAGGCUGCCAACCAGAAAGGAGCAAUGCUUGACUGGGUGAGGAAAAUCCACCAGGAGAAGAAGCUAGAAAUGCUAGUGGACAAGGAUCUUAAAAACAACUUUGACAGAAUUGAAUUACAAGAGAUGGUUCAAGUAGCUUUGCUCUGCACCCAAUACCUUCCAGUCCAUCGACCAAAGAUGUCAGAAGUGGUUCGGAUGCUUGAAGGUGAUGGUCUGGCAGAAAGAUGGGAAGCUUCCCAGAGAGCUGAAGCAACCAAGAAGCCUCAUGAAUUCUCCUCAUCAGAUCGAUACUCUGAUCUCACUGAUGACUCUUCCUUGCUAGUCCAAGCCAUGGAGCUCUCUGGUCCAAGGUGAAUUUUAUCAAAACUCUAUUAUCAUUCUUUUCCAUUCCAAAGUGAGGCAAGAACAUUGAGAAAACAAGAUAUAGUUGAAGUAUUCCAAAAUGGAUGAGUUUGUAUCAUAGUGGCAUAGUAGACCGGUAGACCCCCAUAAGGCUUUGAUUUUUCUUUCUCUUCUGCUUCUGAUUUUAUCCCAACUGUACAGCUUAUUACCAUCUAAGUAGAGAUUUACAGCUUAUUACUAUCUAAGGAGAGAUUUUAGAAUGGAGAAGUUCCCAUGUCCAGUAAUGUCUAUUGAGCAAAAAUCUACAAGGGUUGUUCAUUUGAAAUUUUGUGUAAGAGUAAGAUCAAUGAUAUGUAGGCUUGAUUCUCAAAUAUAAUUUUGAGGCAUUAGAAAUUAUGUUACAUUUGUAGCUGCCUUUUCAAGUACAUUAACUUUGUCUGUCAUCUGUAUUGUGAUCAAGAAAUAAAGAAGCAUACAGACU